UUCCACAUACUUGGGCUUGGCAGUCAGAAGAGCACAACUGCAUUGUUCUGCAUUUCACUUCAGCCAGAACUUGUCAGGACACUUUCCCAAGAUGCCAAGAUCAUGAUAAAGCUCUAUCGACCAGGUGAAAAGUACAGUUGUCAAAUCCUUGGAAGUACAGCUCAUUUUGGCCUUUGCAUCACACUAUGCUUCACAGCUUGGUAAGCUCAUGUGCAUAUGGUGAAGGCAUCAAGUUUAAGUGUUUAGUAGAUUUAUAUCCAAAAUUUUGGGGCAUUUGAGGCAACUGGUGCAUACUGACUUGUGGCAGGUUAGGUCAUGCUCCUUGUCAAGUUCAUUGCACAACAAUAUGCAUCUGUGUACACUGGCAAAUAGCCUAUCCAUACUUCACAGUGCAAGCACUCUGCAGCCAGUUAUAGGAGUGGUCUCACACCACACAAAUUAUAGAUAAUUGUUUUAGGGCACAGCUCAUAUUCCAAUGUACAAAUGAGAGUGAAUGCACUACACACAUCAUCACAUUACAUCUGGAGACAGUGGUGUGAUGGCUUAAGCUCAAAUACUAAUUCAACUAUAAGUCAUAGCAAAUGCAAUACAUGUUUGAAUUAUGCUCACAUUCAUUGUAGUGUUGCUCUCUAUUUGCUAAGUAGAAAACAUUGUGAUCACAAUGUAAUCACAUAAUGGAUUAAGAGAAGGGGAGCGCGCCGUCGCCGCGCGGUGACCGGAGGUCAGCAGCAUGUCGCAGGGCGAGAGGGAGCCGCUGCUGCGGGGCGGCCGGACAGUGCCGCCGCAGCCGCCGCCCAGCGAUACGGUCACCUCCGAAUACUGGAGCCUGGAGGGCUCCCAGGAGGGCGACGAGGUGCAGGCGGGCUCGCGGCCGCUGGACCACGCGGCGGCGGUGCGCGCCGCCGACGGCACGCUCACAGUGGCGUGUCGCAUCUGCGAGGCCACGCUCGACCUCAGCGGCCGCACCGAGCAGCACGUGGUCAAGUGCCACGAGUGCCACGAGGCGACGCCGGUGAGGACGGCGCCGCCAGGCAAGAAGUACGUGCGCUGCCCGUGCAACUGUCUGCUCAUCUGUCGCGCGUCGAGUCUGCGCAUCGCCUGCCCGCGCCCCAACUGCAAGAGAGUGAUCAACCUGCCGACGCCGACCAGCCAGAGCAGCCAGCCCAUGGUGCCGGGCAUGUGCCGUGUCGUCUGCGCCUACUGCCGCGACUCAUUCCUGUUUAACGCGCUGAGCGGCAAGCUGUCGCGCUGCCCGCGCUGCCGCAAGGUGUCGUCGGUGGGCUCGUACGGCCGCCGCCGCGGCGCCGCCUUCCUGGUGGCCGGCCUGCUGCUGGCCGGCAUCGGCGUCGGCGUGACGUUCGGCACCCUGAGCUACGCCCGUCGCAAGCCCGGCGUCUACGUCGUCUACAUCGGCGCCUUCUUGGCCGCUCUGGUGCUGAUUCUGCGCGCCGUGUACUACUUCACGCUGCGCACCAGCGAGAUCGACCACUCGGCGUGAGCGCCACCUCGUCGCCGGACCAGCUACUACAGCUUCGACAGACAGCCGUUGAUUGAUGGUAGCACGGCGUGGCGCCACCGUGCGCUGCCGUGGAUCUGUUUAAUUCCGCCGAAUGCCUUCUAUAGGAGUGGCAUUGGCCGUAUGGUGGCUGUGGAUAUAUGGAAAAGCUUGGGAGUGGUACUCUUAUGCGAUUUGCUCGUUCGGUCAUUAUAGCACAUACGAUAAAUUACCCGCUGCUU